UUUUAAUAAAAUGAAGGGAAGAAUGAACUCUUAAGGUAGCAAAGUAAAAAUUAAUUAUAAAAAGUAGAGUAAUAAGAGAUAAUUAGAAAUGGAAAGGUUAGUUGAGAGACCAGAAAUAGGAAUAGCUACUUUGAGUUAAAUGUUUAAAAAUUAUUCAUAAUAAUUGGGAGGUUUAGAAGAUGGUAAAUAAAUAAAAAUAAUGAUACAUAGGGAAGAUAACAAAAUUAUAAUAUAGAAAGUUCUUGAUAAUUGAAUAAAUAAGUUUUAUAUUGAAUUCUUUAGGACUAGGAUUAAGUAUAUUAUAAUAUGAUCUUGAAUUUCAAGAGGAGAGUUGGAUAUCAAUUUGGUUAUUAUGGAUGAUUCUAAUCUUUACAAUAUUAUUAUUGAUUAUUACGGUAUUUCGAUAUGAAUAAUAAAUGAAUUGGUUAAAAUCAAGGAAAUAAAUAUACAGCAAUGAUAAAUUGUGGUAAACUAAUUUAUGGUAUCCUAUGUUAACAGAAUUAGCAAUAUAUCUUAUAAUUCCAUAUCCAUUUUUAAGAGGAAUAAGAGUCUACUUUUACAAUUAUUUAUAAGAUGCUACUGCAUAUUAUCAUGUUAAUGAAAUUCUAGAAUUGUUUAUGUUAUCAAGAACAUUAUUUCUAUUUAGAAGUCUUUUAACUUAGACAUUUUGGUAUGGUAAUAGAACUUAAAGAGUAUGUAAUUUAUAUGCAUGUGAUGGCAAUUAUAUGUUUGUUGCCAAAUCUUUAAUGCGAACUACUCCAUAUUCAGCUUAAUUUAUAGCACUCACAUCUUUAAUAUUAAUUUUUGCUUAAGCGGUAAGAAUUAGUGAGAAUCCGUUGACUAGAAAUGAUCCAAAUAAUAAUAAUCUAGGUAAAUAUGAUAAUGCAGUAUGGAAUAUUAUUAUAUCUAUUACUACAGUUGGAUAUGGAGACUUUUAUACUAGAACGGAUUUAGGAAGAUUUGUUAUUUUUAUUGUUUGUGUACUUGGAAUCUUUGUUAUCUCAGUCAUGGUUGUUACUUUGAUUACUUCAUUAGAAACUUCAACUUUAGAGUCUCAUGCAAUUACUGUUUUAGAAAGAAUUUAAUUUAGAGAAUAAAUGAUCAAUUCAGCUUCUAUGGUAAUUAUGUACUCAUUAAAAAUUGUUGCUGAACUCAAGUAGAUAUUCAUUUUAUCUCUUUUAUAGGAAAAGUAAUAUGACCAAAUUUCAAUUUAAAUAAUUGAUUCUCAAUCUAAAAUAUCAUUUAAAUGAAUUUAAAAUAAUUAGAAGGUUAUAUAGAAACAAACAAGAUGUUGGCAAUAUUAAUGAAGAAAUUACAAAUCAAUUUAGUCUCUUAAGAUCCGAUUUUACUGGGGCUAUUGAAAAAUAAAAAUCUAUUUUUAUUUAAAAUGCAGAUAUUAUGAAUAAACUAGGAUUAGAAACUAAACAAAUUUAAUUAUGA